CCUGUGCUCCAUAUUCUUAACUCUUUUCCAUCCAGACAAUCUUACUUCAUAUCCCGAAAUCUCUUCAGAUCCCCAAAUAAAUCUUCAAUAUGUUGUCACUCCGUGCUUUCACUCGUUCCGCCCCACGCGCAUUCUCGCGCUCCAUUUCCGUUGCCGCCCGGCCAACUUUUCGCCUCCCUAGAGCUUUCUCGAGACCUUCCUCAUUACAGAGCUCCAUUGCAAAGUAUCAACAUUCCGCUUUCUCUACUGCCCGUGUGCUGCGCGAACCUGCCGGUGACGUUGACCUCGAACUCAAUGCAAAAUUGGAAGAGGAACUUGGUCAUGAAAAGAACUCAGCCGAGUUGGAGGAAGCCAGUGUAGCUAUCCAGUCGUUCCUCGAGAAUAGUCCCUGGAAGGUUAAAGACGUCCCCGGAGAACAAGAAGUUGUCCUGACCCGAAAAUUCGGUAAUGAGAAUAUCCGCGUCACCUUCACAGUCUCCGAUCUCCAGAACCUUCCUGAAGAGGAAUUCGAUGACCUCGCAGAGGGCGAAUUCGGUGAACAUUCCCCUAUCAACCAAGGACAAUCAGGUGAAGCUGGCGUUCACUCUGAAGACCGCGUUGCUCCCUCUGACCGAGAAUUCGAUGACGUUGAACCUGGCUUCCCUGCCCGCGUGAACAUCUCUAUCGAGAAGCCUGGCUCCGGUGCUCUUCUCAUCCAGACUACCGCUCAAGACGGUAUUUUCGAGAUCCACGAAGUGUCACAUUUCGCCAAGGCUGAUCUCGCCGAGGCUCAGACUGCUGAGAAGGACUGGCUCCGCCAGAGCCUCUACAGUGGUCCUGUCUACGGAAACUUAGACGAGGAUCUCCAGACCCUUUUCGACCGUUACCUGGACGAGCGUGGUUUCGAUGCUGAGUUGGCCAAUAUCAUUCCAGAAUAUAUUACCGUCAAGGAACAAAAGGAAUACACGCGUUGGCUCGAGAGUGUGAGAAAGUUUAUUGCUGCGUAAUUUCACGAACUAAUCUAUCAUUUUUAAAACCUUCACCACUCAUUGCGAUUGUCAUAUUCACAUGGAUUUGUCGUGAUAUUCGAAUAUGAUAUCGUAUACGUGUUCCUAUCAAGGACAUGAAAUAUGCGCUCGCGUGAUUCCUGCUGUGUGGCUCGAUUCCAUUGUAUUAUAGACAUUAAUAUCAAAAUCUUUUUGUGUGUGUACAUUAAUGAUCAAUAUUAACUUUGAAAACGCGUUAUCAAUUAUACUCAUGAAGUAUACCCGACAUUCUUGAUAUUUGAUCAACAUUCGAAUUGUUCUUCAAUUGCUAUUAAUCUCAAUAUCAAUGAUUCAUUGUUACGUGUUACGUGGAGCCUGUAACACUCCCAGAAAAUAUUUGGUUGAUAGAUACAACCAAAAAUCUCUCUAGUUAGCCUGCCGG